UUUUUAGUAAAUCUCCAAACAAGUUUCAUUUCCCAUAACAUGGAUUCAAGCUUCAUUCUAACGAGUCCCCAAGUGCCUAAUGAGUCCAUGGAUUUUCUUUCACGAGCUUGGUGCAACUCUGCGCUUCAGGUCUUCCAACCAGAACCAGUGGGACAAGAUCAAUCAAUUAUUCAUCAAGAUAGUCUGGUUAGGCCUUGCGAGAAUGAAACCAAGCCUUCAUCGAGGAACAUGGACAAAAGCUUAAAAAUGGAUGAAGGAGAUCUCAAGUCUGUACCACCAUGGAGAUCCAACGAUUUGAAGUCAUGGAUCUGGCUUCAACAAGCGAUGCAUCCAGAACUAAACUAUGAUCGCUGUUUCCGAAAGAAAUGGGGGUCUUGGAAGUUGAUGCCAUUUAAGAACAUCUCUGUCAAGAAAUGGUUAAAAGACAUCAGGUUGAAGAGAAAGGAGGAAGAGAGGUUGCAGAGAGCUGAAGUGCACGCAGCCAUAUCUGUUGCCGGUCUUGCAGCUGCAUUGGCAGCCAUUGCUGCAGAGAACAACAAACAGAACCAACCCAACUCAACCAAAGAAGCAGCUGUUGCUUCGGCAGCUGCUUUGGUUGCGGCACAGUGUGCGCAAGUUGCAGAAACCAUGGGUGCCAAGCGUGAGCAGCUCAGUACUGUCAUGGGUUCAGCCAUGACCAGCACUAGUCCCAGUGAUAUCUUAACACUUACAGCUGCCGCUGCAACAUCACUGAGAGGAGCUGCUACACUAAGAGGAAGGCCAGGUCUUAGGGACAGAGUAAACGGGAGAACACCCGUACUUCCUAUCGAGGAGAACCAUGAUGUUGACUUUGACUUUGAUAAAUGUAGAUCUCUGCUUGCCAAAGGAUCAGAGCUUACUAUCGAAACGUCCGACGGGAAGUGCUUGUUGAGAUCAGUCUCAAUCAUCCUCAACAAUGAAGCUAAGGUUAUUCUGAAAAUUAGGAAGAACAAUGUCUUGGCUGCGUUUGCAAGAACAAAAGAAAGUAUUGUACUUGACUUGCAUGCCGAAUUGUAUAAAGAUCUGGACGGUGAGGAAACCGACACGUCAUACCUUAUUGUGUUGACGACAAGUAGGGGGACGAUCAUGCUAGAUAUGACCGACGAUUAUGCUCGUUACAGGAUAUGGGCAAUGACCAUAAAUCAUAUGCUGAUGCUCUCUACCACAUUUAGUAGAUAUGAACUCCAAUUCUACAGAAACUGAGUAGUUUAUCUUGCUAUAUUAUCUGAAAAUUUGUUCCCAACUUAACAGUUACUUUAGUAUUUUUCAAUUACUUCAUAUCCUACAUAUAAACACUUGAGAGUGUUGUGUUUUAUUUCAGAAUAGCUUUAAAAACUAAAGACUGUGUGGCUAAUGCAUUCCAAGCAUCUUAUUUUCAUUUCGAAUUUGUA